CAAAGCUUGCCGUAGCUUUAAUGGCAGCCACUGACUGUGUUAACGGGACCUUAGGACCUCUUCAGAUCCCCAACUCCACCUGUCACGGCAAAUGAAACAUCAGCUCUGAUUUGAUAGAACAGCAUGGUAUGUGGAAAUAAUCUUGUUGGUGGGACCUAAAACCUUCGAAGGUGGAGCCACUUCACAGAACUGGCAUCUCGGCCAUGUGACUGUAGACUGGCUUGCUGCCUCUAUAAGUAAAGAUUUUCAUGUGAUAAAUAUAAUUAUUGAACUGAAAUAAAAUGUCUAAUACAGCCCAUCUCAGUGUUACCAAUAUUAAUGAAAUUAUGGGUUUCUCUAUUUUUUCUUUUUUCCUUCUAGUUUCUCUAUUCUAAAGAGAUGUCAUAACAGCCAAAAUGCAUUUGCAUUGGUCAUUUUAAUUUUUUUCUUUUUUUUUUUUGUUGGAGAAUUAAGCAACUCCUUCAAAAAGCACAGUGCCCAGGUACAGUUGACUCCACCCCCUGCAUUAUGGGUGUCUUCGUAUUUCUGUUGUUGUAUGUGAGAUCAUGUGGCACAACAACACCACCAUGGGGGAUUCUACCCUGUGUCAUCUUUAUUUAAAGGAAUGACAUUUUAUCUCAGCCAUAAGCUUGCAUGAUUUACUACACAUGAAUAUGCAAUAAGCGAUGUGUGCUUGAGAGGAAUCCUUGACUUUUUGCAGUGCAUGCAUUUGUACACUGGGGUGCAGCACGGUAGACUGUGACACACACUGCAUGAUGUGCAUAUACAGUAUAUGUAGUACGUGAUGAUGUUUCAGUGCCAAGACACAACAAAUAACAAUGGCAACUUUAUUAGGUAGGAGCUUCACGAGCCAUGACACAGACAAAAAGUAAACACGUAAAAGUCAGAAGAUCACAGUUAAUUCCGUUAAAAACUAAAAGUACACAGAAAAGUAUAUUUGAUAGUUAGUUGAUGGACAAUAGAGCAUAAUUAAUUACAGCUGUUUUGCGUUCUUCUCCUACACGGCAUACAUCUUUUGUGUAAAAUCAUAUGAGAAGGUUGUCCUUGUCCUUUAAUUGUAGCAGCUGCUUGUAGGAGCAGAGAGUUUCGUGCAUUUAUCCCAGACAUCACUCAACGACUCGGGCUUGUCUUUUUUCUUUCUUUUUCUUUUUUCCUUUUCUUUUCUUUCUUUUUUUUUUUUUUUUUACUAAUUGGCUCUUUAAAACUAGGCGCUCUGCUUUCUUUUAGACACGGCAACAAAUAAGAGUCUUUAUUCAAAUUAUUUAAACAUAAAAAAAAUAUGAUGCUGGGGGAAACUAACACAGCCUCGACAGUGAAUGCGUCACGUCUGAAGCCUAUGUUUUCUUCGUCCAUUCACACACAGCGUCAGAGGCCUAAACAACCACGAUCAUAAUAAGAUAGUAGGGAAAUGAUAAGGCUUAUACUGGAUUAAUCUUUCAUCUUCGUUUCCUCCGCAGUUUAAUAUGUAUAAAGUCUCCACCACAAUGCGAUGAUUUCUGGACGGAGAUUUAGGCAACAAAUCACGAACACAAGACGCUUAUCUGCUCUACGGACUGUAAGCGAGGACGUGUGUCUCAUCACGUAUUUAAUUAAUGAACAGUAAAAUUCGGCGUACAGUUUUGCAGUUUUGUACCGAAAUUAACUGACUCUGCGAGGCUAACCAAAAUGUAACACCACUUCCGGUUACAGAAUUCAAAAUAAAACGGCACGCGCGAAGCACCCCGCCGCAUUCGACAAGCUAUUAGGCCCGUGACACGUUAAAUGCUUUUGCUCUGAAGGCAUAAUCAUCUCAUUUCCGGCGUAAAACUCUCAUCUGUACCGAACUUGACGCAGCUGCAAAUCUGUCCAGGAGAGCCAAGUUGUUGAUCCCAAAAGCUGCGUUCACUGAUUUAAUUACUCGUUUGAAGAAGCCCGGUCCCGUCCAAGCGCAGCAUAAUAUUCACGUACAGCAGGUUUCGUUGCAAACCGUGUAAUUUCUUGAACGAGCGGUGGGGAAAAAAACACCAAAAACCCUCCGGUCCGUAGAGCGCCGUCGACCGCGGAUAGCCUCGGUGUGAAUCUGGAGAUUUGUGCCUCUGCUGCCCUUCGCGUGUGAUCCCUCCCCUCGCGCUGCUCUCAGAAUGUGUGUGUGCAGCGCGCGGCUUCAGGCUGGGGUCGGGUUGGGCUACUGCUGCUUUCACGGACUCCUCGUAAAUAUAAAAGCUAAUCGCGUGUUCACGAUUAAUUGAGUCGAAAAAUGCACAGUUUAACACAGAACCCGCUCCCUCUACUAGUGCAAUAUGUGACUGUUAGUUUUUUUGGGGGAAAAAUGUUUAAAGAAGCCACAAAAUAGAGAGGAAAUGCUUGUAGACACGCAACACUUAAUUUUGCCAAGUAGGCGACACAGUCUGUCAAAGUAAGCAAAAAAAUGAAUAACAGCCACAGUGAGCAUGUCGUUUUUUAUUAGUAGGUUUAAUAAAAAAAAAUUAAUAAAAAAAAAUCACUUGCCACUAAUAUUUGAACGCAUUUAGACUCCAAACAUAUAAGUGGUCUUUCCUUUAAACAUGCAGUACUUGAAAGCAUCAUAAGCUAAGCCUGUUUGUGUAUGUAUGUGUGUGUGUGUGUGUGUGUGUGUGUGUGUGUGUGUGUGUGUGUGUGUGCCCUCCUCGCUCUCUGUUUGUGAGGCAGAGAGUUGCGUGCGAAGAGCUCGACAUGUCAUUCAGAGGAAUCCGCCACCUGAAACGCGAGGAAGUGAAGGCGACUCAAUUGGGUAUAAAGCAUCAGCCAACAUCUGCCCCGAGCAGUGCAAAGCUGAUGAAAACAUCAGCUCGGAGCUCAUACGGGACCUCUGCGAAUUGUUUUAUUUUUCCUUGGAUUUAUCAUUUGGCAUUACGGUGUCGGUGCACCCUGGGAGACGCAUCUCUUCUCUGCACUUAAAGUGAAUGUGACCCAACAUCCAACAUUAUACUGGAAUUAACUGAUAACCACCGAUAUUCUGGCGCACCUGUUACCUCCGGAGCGGAGUGCAAGACCAUGAUCCCUCCGGGAGACUGCAUGUACGCGGGCAGAAAGAGGAGGAAGCCCAUCCAAAAGCAGAAGCCGUCUUCUUCCAAUGAGAAAACCAACCCGUCCAAGCGGCACAGGGACAGGCUGAAUGCUGAGCUGGACCGGCUGGCCAGCCUGCUGCCGUUCCCCCCGGAUGUCAUCUCCAAGCUGGACAAACUGUCCGUGCUGCGCCUCGCAGUCUCCUACCUCCGCGUCAAGAGUUUCUUCCAAGCGAGCCCAGAGAAGACCUCCAGGAAGCACGUCAACAGCACAGCAUCCUCUAACCCUGAGCCCAGGAAAGAGAGCCUUCCACUAGGCAACACUGUCAAUGAAAGCAGCCUCCUCCUGGAGUCUCUGACAGGCUUCGCCUUGGUGGUGAGCAGUGAUGGGAUGGUCUUUUAUGCCUCCUCCACCAUUGUGGACUAUCUGGGAUUUCAUCAGACCGACGUGAUGCACCAGAACGUGUUUGACUACAUCCACAUAGACGACCGUCAGGAGUUCAGACGUCAGCUCCACUGGGCCAUGUGUCCUCCGCAGCACCAGGGGACAUCGGCUCAUCAGGACAGCCAGCUACCUGCCGGGACUGGCGAAGACUUCGUUGUGAGCAGCCUGUUCCAUUCUCCAGAGGCCGGGGGAAUCCCUCCUGAGCUCUCCUGCUUUCUCAACAGAUGCUUCAUUGCCCGAGUCCGAUGCCUCCUGGACAGCACCUCUGGAUUCUUGACUAUGCAGUUCCAGGGUCGGCUGAAGUUCCUCAGUGGUCAGAAAAAGAAGUCGGCCUCGGGGGCCCCGAUGCCACCCCAGCUGGCUCUGUUCUGCAUAGGCGUACCCCUCCUUCUGCCCUCCAUCACUGAGAUGAAAAUGAAGAACAUGUUGAUGCGGGGAAAGAAUAAGGGAGGAGCAGGAGGGAUUAUCUCUGCACUUGAGCACGGAAAGCGUGGGGAACACCUCCGGAGGCACUCCUUCAGUGGAGGAAUGGGUGACAUUGCAGACCCUCUCCUCCUCUCCUGUCCCUCUCCUAGUGCUUCCCAGCGAGGUCACCACACUCCCUGGACCCCGCUCUCCAAAGACAACCUCAAGUAUCGCCCUGAUGUUUACUACAACCAGGAGGAGCCCCUCAACUACUGCAAGUCCUCUAUGGCUCCCCAUAAAGGUGUCAGCCCAGGCCUGGGCGGCUGGCCUCUGCGGCCAAACUCAGGUCCUCUCAGAGCGGGCCAGGGUGUCGGCUACAUCCCCUCUAACCGCCUGAACAAGGUCGGCCAGUAUGGGAAGCCAUACCGCCUUUCUCCCAGCUGCCACAGUGGCCGAGGUGGCGAGGUGUUCGUGUCUAAGCUCUACGGGAAUGCUCAGAUCCCCACAGAUCCAGACGCCUACUGCGUGGACCUGGUGAAGAACGAGAAUGGCUAUGGAGAAUGCUACGAUGGCCAUCUGAUGCCCGAGAUGCCACCCAUCAAGGUAGAGCAUGACUCGGACUCUGAGAACGGCUGCGAUGCCUACGGCCGGCCCUGGGUUUGCCGCGACCCCGAGUCCAUGGAUCGUCGUUAUGCUAACGGGUUAUACGACCAAACCUCGGGCGUCCAUCUCAAAGCAGAGGCAGAUUACUACGAUCAGCAGUACUCGCCCUGCCAGCGCGGGAAAGCAGGAAUCAGCCCACCGUACAACAAUGGCAACUACCAGAACUAUGCAGUCACCAACAGCGGCAACACAACCGGGCGCCUGUUAAAAUGUGACAAAGACUUGGGCAAUAACAACGACAACAACCAAUUUAGUCCGCACAGACUCUCCCACACAGACUCUCUAUGCAGCAACCAAUCCAUCAACCUCAUGGACUCACACGUCUACCCGCAAGACCCCCACAAGGCCUACAUGCACCCGGACUACAACAAGCAUGGCGCUUACGAGUUCAAAGGCCACGGGCUGAUCCAUUCGAUCAAGCGGGAGCCAAUGGACUCCCCACCGUGGCCUGAGAACGCUCAUGACUUGAGCCAGUCCAUGAUGGUUGGUCCAAGGAACGCUAUGCCCUGUGUGAUGAGCACAGGGCACCACAAGUCCAGUCCCUACAUUUACAUGCAGUAGAAGUGGCUGGAGCAAACACAUCAUCAGAUAAUUACCAGACCAACCCCCCCCCCCCGACACACACACGCACACACACACAAACACACACACACACACAAUAAGUGUGCAUUAAAGUAGUACUUUGUAUUUUGCGCCACAUCCACCAGCAUUACAGAAGGACAGUCGUUGAUCACAAGGGUUCCCGCGAUGUCGACAUUUAAAUCACUUCUUCUGCUUGAAGAAGAGGUCACCAACGAGGCUCAGGUUCUAGUGUUAGUGUUGUGACAAUCAAAAGUAAUACUUUUAAUCCAGUUUAUGGAUAGAUGAUUUAGUUUUUAAGAAAUACAUUUUGUAGCUGGUUCCAAGCACUUUUGGAUUUAGUGACAAUGAGACAGAUUAUGUCUAGAAACACAGUUUAAUUUUGUUUUAUCGUGUCGUGUACACCUGGCUUUGUGGGAGGAACAAAGACUUUGCUGUAAAAAGAUACUUUUUUAGAAAAAAAGAAAAACAAAAAACAUUGUACACAGGAGAUAACCUACACCUCAUGGCUGGGUUCAUCAAGGGAGAUGGCUGAUUAUGAGAGCACACUUUGGAGUCAGUGAUAACAACUUAGUCUGCCUUGAUGGUGAUUUUGCAUGUUUUACUGCUUUAACUAUAAAUGGCCUACCUUAUUCAUUACUGCCUGCAGUGAUGUAUGGAUGGAAACAAAUGGUUUCUAUGCAUUUUGUUAUUGUAUUAAAGGUGCAGUGUGUAGGAUUUUGGGUAUCUAUUGGCAGAAAUACAAUAACUAUAUUUUCAUCAAUGUGUAAUCACCUGAAAAAAUAAGCCGUCAUAUCUACUGAGGGAGCGGGUACGCCCUGUUUCUACAGUAGCCAAGAGUGGACAAACACUAGGCAGUGUGAGGGGAGGGGUAUUCGUUUGGUUGCGAUCUGCAACCACACCACUAGAUGCCAGAAAAACCCUGCACACUGGAUCAUUAAAUCGACUUCCAGAGAUUUUAAACUUGAUCACUUGAAGAAGAAGAGGAAAGAAAAAAAGAAAAGAAGAAAAAAAAAAAAACUUUUGAUGGAAGUUACAUAAAGUUGCAACCAGGACCUAUUUUGUCAUCACUCAUCAAAGACACCUGCAUUCAACAACAUCCCUGCUUAGUCAGUGUGUUCUAGAUAUGAUUUUCCAGCAGUGUAGCAACCAAUACUUUUGUUAGAGCAUCGCUUAAUACAGCAUUAAGGACAUUUAAAAAACAAACAAAAAAAACAACUUUAUAAUAAUGAAACAAUAUGCAAUUCAUAGUAGGUGGAUCAAAACAUGUCAAACUAUUGGUAUGGCCAAAGCUUUAAGAAUAUUCCAUACAUUGGUUUAUUGUGUUAGAAACACACAUGAGGGCAAUACAUGGCACAUAGGGAAACAAACCUGUAGUUCAACCAUGUGUCCUGCUGAAGCAUCCUUAAGUAAGGUGUUGAAUCCCAUCAAGAACACGAUUUGCCCUUUUAAAUUAGAGGCCUAAGAUGAACUUGGACCUAUGACAGAUGGUCUGCACUGGUUAAAUGGUGUGUUAAUUAUCAGCUGAAGCUUUGUAAGGACAACGUAGAAGUGUUUGUUUGAACUGAAGGAAAACUGUUACAAGAUUUCGAUGCGCACAAUCAUUCUGUAAUUUUAAGUCAUGAAACUCAUGUACAAUGUACAAAUAAUGUUAAUUUAUGUCAAGACUAAUGUUGUAUUGUGUGGAGUAGUGUUUAUGACAAGAUCAGCAUUUCAACAAGCCUAUCUCACUGCAGAUACAACACAUUUCCUUUUGAAAUGAAUAUACACUUUUUCGUGUUGUCUUCUCAGUCCGAAAAACAUCAGACAUCGUCUUCACAAUCAGUAUUUUUGCACAAACGAAUUAAAAAGCACCAAAUUGAUUGAUUGAGUCUCAGUUCUGUGGAGCUACUGUAGUAGUUUCUGAAUUGCACUACUGGGAGUAGUUCAGAUGAGGUUCAGCCUAGCCAGACAAGUUUUGAGUCGACACGCACAACUGUACAUGGUGUCACUGUUUUGAAUUUGUAUUUUUUUCUCUGUGUGUGUUCAUUUCAAUAAAUGUUUGAUGAUUCGUAUUUAUUGUAAGAUGCAAAAGUGCAUAAUUUAAAAAAAAAAAAAAACCUACAGUUUUGAAGGCUUUUCUGUUUCACUAAAGUAAAUAAAUAUGGCUUUUUUUCCCUUGCUAUCUUUUUGAUAAUUGUUCAAAAGACUGUCAUACUUGUCUCAUGGAGGAGGUAGCUGCAAGGUAGCGAACACAGUGUACAUAUGCAGUGUCUUCCAAUGUUUCUACGUGUUUUUGCAAAUGGGACUUAUCUAUUAAAAGACUUUUC